AUGUCUUCAAAAAGAACUUACGAUAGUGGCUGUAAAAAACGUAAAGCAAAAGAACUAAAGAUUGAAAAUCUGAAUCUCAUUAGAGGUUCUAUGAAAAAAUUUCUACGAAAAACAAAUAUUUCUGAAAAUGAAGCAUUGACAGACCAGAGUUCAGAAACAGCGAUUUUAGAUUUGUUGAGUGAAAAUGUUUUGGAAAAUAAUUUACAUAUGCAAAAAGAUAAUGUUAAUGAAAAUAACAUUGAAAUGAAUAGUGGUAGUGAAUUAUCUUCAACUUUUAAAAUUAUAAACUCAUUGAAAGAAAAUACUGUUGAGGCAUCUAAUAUGGAAUCAAAUUUUGAAAACAGCAAAAUCCAAUCACACAGUUCUAUUGAAAGUAAUGAGGACUUUAAUAACUUAGGUAUUUCUGAUGAUUUUUCUUUGGAUUUGAAUUGUGAAUUUCCGACUGAUCGUGGAAAGUUUCCUGAUAUUAUUAAAAAUUCCAAUUUAAAAAGACAAAUAAUUUCGUUCGGUCCUUGCAAACCAAAUAUCAAAUUUCCGCUUAGUACCACGUAUUUUGAAGACAGUAAAGACAGCAAAAGCAGAAAAUUUUCCGUUGAAUAUUAUUUUACUACAAAUUUGUCUGGCCAAAAAAUACCCCGAGGCUGGCUCUGUUAUUCUAUUAUACUUGACAAAGUAUAUUGUGAAUCAUGUUGGUUGUUUGCAGAUAGAAAACAUUCUUAUUUCAAAUCAAAUUGGAUAAACGGAAUAGACGACUGGCAACAUUUAACACUGAAAAUUAAUAAACACGAAUCAUCUGUGCAGCAUAUUGAAGCUGUUAAAUUACGUACAAUUUGGACAAAAAAUUUAACAAUUGAUCAAUCAAUAGAAAUAUUAAUAUCUAAAGAAGCUCAGAAAUGGAGGGACAUUUUAACUCGUUUAAUAAAAAUAAUUUUAUUUUUAACAGCUGGAAACACUGCCCUUCGAGGCAAUGAAAGAAAAUUGUCUGAAACUAAUCCAUCUGAAGAAAAUUUUAUUCGGGCUGUUAGACUUCUUGCUGAGUUUGAUCCUGUGUUAAAUAGCUUACUACUCACUGAACAAUCACGAGUUAAAUAUUUGAGUUGGAAAAUUCAAAACGAAUUAAUUGAAAUAUUAGCUACUAACUUGCAACAGUUGAUAUGUGAAGAAAUCAGAUCAGCUCAAUGUUUCUCUAUCAUAAUUGAUUCUACGCAAGAUAUAACCAAGAUUGACCAAGUUAGUUUUAUUUUUCGGUACACAAUUGUUGAUUAUAAAGAAUCUAAGUUAGAAAUCAAAGAAUCAUUUUUAGGAUUUUAUCCCUUAGAUAAACAUGAUGCUGAAGGACAUGUUAAUUUAAUUAAAGCAGUUUUAAAUACUCACAACUUGGAUAUUAGUAAAUGCAGGGGCCAAGGUUAUGAUGGUGCCUCUGUAAUGAGCGGUUGUUUCUCAGGUGUUCAAAAAAGAAUUACAGAUAUAAUUCCUAAUGCAUCAUUUGUACAUUGUGCUGCUCACAAUUUGAAUCUUGUGUUAUCAGAUAUGGCAAAAAGUACACCAAAAAUCAGUAGUGCUCCUAGAUGGGCAACUUUGGCCUUAGGAGAUGAUGUUGCUAAAAUAGCUUAA